AUGCCUACCUUCCGCAAGUCAUUGCUCGCCGCCAUCUGCCUCAUCGCCGUCAUCAUCAUCCUCCGCGCGUCCCGAUCCUCCGACCUCCCCAACGCCCCGGGAUAUCGGCCCGUCCAGAAAAUCUUCGAAGAGAAAGAGAAUGCGGAAGCGCAUCAAGAGGGACAAGACUUGAAAUCCAAGGAACGGCAGCAGCAGCAGCAUCUGGGCGCUUCGGCGAUAGCGCCGCUACGUGAGCGCCUGCGCUACCAGUUCCCGUACGACCUCGAACCUAGUUUCCCGGCGUAUAUCUGGCAGACAUGGAAAUACCAACCAUCAUCAUACUGGUUUGCAGAAGAGCUGCGCGUCCCAGAGGCUAGCUGGACGGAGAUGAAUCCCGGGUUCGUGCACGAGGUCAUCCCCGAUGACACGCAGCGGGAUCUGAUCAAAUACCUGUAUGGAAUGGUUCCGGAUGUGUUUGAGGCGUAUGACUCCAUGCCACUUCCCGUCCUGAAAGCAGACUUCUUCCGGUAUCUGGUACUGCUGGCCCGCGGUGGCAUCUACAGCGACAUCGACACCCACGCAAUCCAACCCGUCAUCCACUGGCUGCCCGAGAAUCUCGACAAGUCCACGGUAGGCCUUGUCGUCGGCAUCGAGGCCGAUCCGGACCGCCCGGACUGGGCCGAUUGGUACUCGCGCCGCCUGCAGUUCUGCCAGUGGACCAUCAUGUCCAAACCGGGGCAUCCGAUUUUGCGCGAUAUUGUCGCGCAGAUCACCGAGCAGGCGCUGCGUAUGAAGAGAGCUGGCAUUUUGAAAAAAGGCAAGAUGGACCGGACUGUGGUCGAGUUCACGGGCCCGGGCGCCUGGACUGAUGCCGUCUUCCGCUACUUCAAUAACCCGGAGUAUUUUAAUAUUCAGCCCGGCGAUAAGAAUAUCACGUACGAGGAUUUCACGCAGCAGGUCGACUACCGCAAAGUCGGCGAUACCCUCGUUUUGCCAAUUACCAGCUUUAGCCCUGGCGUCGGCCAGAUGGGUGCCGAGGAUAUUGAUCACCCUAUGGCCUUUGUGAAGCAUGAUUUCGGAGGGAUAUGGAAAACUGACCCUUCGCUUUAA